UCUCUGCGUCUCUGGUUUCCGGCACCAUAUGAUCACAAUUCUUUUGCGACGCCUUUGUGCCAGUUUUUUUUUUUUUUCUUCCACACUACCCUACAUCAUCCUUCCAAGACACUACCCGCGGCCGCUACCGUAUACAUCUACAUACCCAUUUUCUGUCUCGAAGCGAUUGAAAAUUUCUGACGAUCAACAAAGCAACCCACGAUACUGCCCCUCCCUUCAAUAUAUGACCCAUUCAACCACACUAAUCCUACGCGCUGCCGCAUAAUAAAUUCUUUUCGCCAUGGGUCAAACCCUUUCUGAACCUGUCGUCGACAAGACUUCUGACAAAGGCGAAGAUGAUCGACUAUUAUACGGUGUAUCUGCUAUGCAGGGAUGGCGUAUUAGUAUGGAGGAUGCCCACUGUACCGUCCUCGACCUCUUGACACCCAAAACCGAAGAGGAAAAAAAGGUCCAUCCCUCGCGAUUAUCUUUCUUUGGCGUCUUUGAUGGACACGGCGGAGAUAAGGUUGCCCAAUUUGCAGGCAAGAACAUACCUGAUAUCCUUAAGAAACAAGACACGUUCAAGGCGGGAAAUUACGAACAGUCUCUGAAGGAUACAUUCCUUGCGACUGACCGAGCGAUAUUGAGCGACCCCCAGUAUGAGGAGGAGGUGUCUGGCUGUACCGCCUGCUGUGGGCUGAUUUCUGGCGAGAAGAUAUAUAUUGCAAACGCUGGCGAUUCAAGAAGUGUCUUGGGUGUUAAGGGAAGAGCUAAGCCGCUAUCAUUCGAUCACAAACCACAGAACGAAGGCGAGAAGGCGCGAAUUACAGCCGCAGGUGGUUUUGUCGAUUUUGGUCGCGUUAACGGCAACCUGGCCUUAUCUCGAGCCAUCGGAGAUUUUGAAUUCAAGAAGAGUGCCGACCUUGCGCCUGAGCAACAGAUAGUAACAGCGUACCCGGACGUAGUUGCGCACGAUAUUGGUGACGAUGAUGAGUUUUUGGUCGUUGCAUGUGACGGUAUCUGGGACUGCCAAUCUUCACAAGCGGUUGUUGAGUUUGUUCGAAGGGGUAUCGCCGCGAAGCAGGAUUUGGAUAAGAUAUGCGAGAACAUGAUGGACAACUGUCUAGCAUCUAAUUCGGAGACUGGCGGGGUUGGGUGUGACAACAUGACAAUGAUCAUCGUGGGCUUCUUAAGAGGCAGAAGUAAAGAGGAAUGGUACGAAGAGGUUGCCAGCCGUGUGGCUAAAGGCGACGGCCCUUGUGCCCCUCCUGAAUAUGCUGAAUUCCGGGGACCUGGUGUGCAUCAUAAUUUCGACGAUAGUGACAGUGGUUAUGAUGUUGACAUGGAAAACAAGUCCAAAACAUUUGGGAUCGGUGGGUACAAGGGCCGCAUCAUCUUUCUUGGCGAUGGUACUGAAGUCCUCACCGACACGGACGACUGCGAAAUGUUUGACAACUCGGAAGAAGAUAAGGACCUAGCAAGUCAAGUAUCUAAGAGCUCGUCGGGCGAGUCAGAUGGUAGCGCCGAUCAGCUACCGCCCAGAGCUCCCUCGCCUCCCCCGCGUACGCCGAAGAAGGAAGAAGACCAGCCCCAGGCAAAGCCCAAAGAGCUAUCCCUACAUAACACCUCAACUGCAAUUGAGAAAGUUGCGGAAGCCGUGAAGGAAGAACCCAAAGAGGCGAAGGCCGAAGCCGCUGCCGCCGCAUCUAAAGAUUGAUUAACGUAUGAGUUUGUCAGGCAGGAUAUUAUCAGGACUGUGCCGUUGGGCCUUUCGCCCCGCCGGCCUUGUAAUCGUUAGGAUUUGCCCCGCACACCUAUGAAUGAUUAGGGAUGGUUACGACAGAGCAACGAAGAGUUUUGUUUACUUGGCACAUGAUGGGAUUAGCAGAGGGGAAAGGGGGGAGGAGAGGAGAGGACUGGAGAGGGGGAUGAGUGGCCAGGGCGGAUAUUCUCUCUUAAAAGGGGGGAACAACAUGGCCCAGAGACUCGACACGCGAUACGACCACUGGGUCCACCAACGUCUUUUCAACUCCGAGCACGAUUUAAGGCUUGUGAGUUUUCUUGACCAUCUGCAUCGCGGCUGACUAUCCAAGAAAAAGAAAACAACCUCUCUACGAUUGAGGAGUGCUCCGUAUGCUAUUAAGAACCGUGAGAACAACUCAUAUGCAUUAUUGAUUCUAUAUGUUUUCUUAGGAGUGCAUAUUCAGCACGUUCCAAAAACGCAUUAAUGUCAUACCAAUAAACCAAAAAAAAAAAAAAAAAAAAAAA